GUUACGGGGUUUACUUGGUGACGAAUCAAUCGAAACCCAAUUUAUCAAAUCCAUCGCGAAUCCCCAACCCAACCGAAUCCACCCAAGAAGAAGAAGAAGAAGAAGAAGGGUUAUUGCAUCGAUCGCAGCGAGGGGGAAAGGGGUAAUCGCGGAGCAGAUCGAAACCCGAAUCCAAUCGAUCGAGCCGCCAUGAGCUUCAUCUUCGGCAAGCGGAAGACCCCAGCCGAGUUGCUGCGGGAGAACAAGCGGAUGCUGGAUAAAUCCAUCAGGGAGAUCGAGAGGGAGAGGCAGGGCCUGCAGGCUCAGGAGAAGAAGCUCAUCGCCGAGAUCAAGAAGGUGGCCAAGCAAGGACAGAUGGGAGCCGUAAAAAUUAUGGCAAAGGACCUUAUCCGCACAAGACAUCAGAUCACAAAAUUCUAUGCCCUCAAGUCCCAGCUACAGGGUGUAUCUCUUCGAAUUCAGACAUUGAAAUCGACACAAGCUAUGGGUGAGGCCAUGAAGGGUGUCACAAAAGCCAUGAGACAGAUGAACAGGCAGAUGAAUCUACCAGCUCUGCAGAAGAUAAUGCGGGAGUUUGAGAUACAAAACGAGAAGAUGGAGAUAGUCAGUAGCACAAUGAAUGAUGCCAUUGACGAUGCUUUGGAGGGCGAUGAGGAGGAGGAAGAAACAGAAGAACUGGUAAACCAGGUCCUUGACGAAAUUGGCAUCGACGUCAACUCAGAGCUUGUCGGGGCUCCUUCAACCGCUGUUGCUGCACCGGUUGGAGCAGGAAAGGUUGCCGCUCAAGUUGAAGCCGCUGGAGGUGGGGACGGUGGGAUAGAUGACGACCUACAGGCCCGGCUUGAUAAUCUGAGGAAGAUGUGAGCAUAUAGGGCUUGGAAGAAAUAACUAUACGGUGUCAUUGUACAAUCAGCAUAUAGACAUUUUAUGCCAUCAUUUUUCUUAGAUUGUUGGGCACAUAACUGCAGGCUUCGAUUUUCUAGCCCCCUUGUAUAUAUAGAAGCUCUUAUUAUCCUAGAAGAAGGUCAUAUUAUCACCUAACAAGCUAACAGCCCUCGGUUGCUUUUGUUCUGAAUAAUUUUCCUGACGACUGCUUCUCUCUGCUGGUGAGUCUGAAAA